AUGCGCUUGAAUUGCAACAAAUUGACGCUUGAACGGAUUUCCAGCGGCAGUGCGUUCCAGAGUUUAGCCGAGGCUAUAGAAAAUGAUCUUGAACCAUAUCUGGUCAUAGCAUCUCAAGCAUUUCUUUGUAAGGAAGCGUCUCUUUCUUGUCCUGUCAUAACUCGCAAUCAUCGCCGACUCAAAGGCUUUACGCUCAAAACAUUUCACUUUGCAAGCCUGAUAUCCUGUGGUUUGCUAUGUCAGAGAGACCCUCGAUGCGUUUCGACAAAUUUCAGAAAAGUUUCCAAAACUGAGGGAACCUGUGAGCUGAACGACAGAGGAGUCUUCCCUCUUGAGGAAGGAAAAGAACUGGAAUAUGACGAAGAAGCUAUUUACACUCAAUUAUAUGUCAAAAAGCAUAACUGUCAAGUUUUCAAGGAAGAGUUUAAAGUCGUCAGCUACAGAUGCCCAGUUCCCUUAGGUAUGGAAAAUGGAGUUAUUACUGACCCGCAGAUCACUGCAUCGUCCGUGCAUAAUUAUAAUCAUGGCUCGCAAAAUGCAAGGUUACAUUUCAAGGGAGACCCGUUGACGCGUGUAUAUGGUGGCUGGGCAGCUGGUCUGCUAAACACCAACCAAUGGCUGCAAGUAGAUCUUCAGCAUAUCACAAGGGUAAUAGGCAUAGCGACGCAAGGGAGACAUGAUGUAGAUCAGUGGGUUACUGAAUACAAGCUACAAUACGGCGACGAUGGACAAACUUACAGUGUCUACAGUCGAAGCGGAGACACAUCAGAAACGGUUUUCCUAGGAAACACUGACAGAGACACAGUUGUGUAUCACGAUCUUAACCCGGUCAUUUAUGCUCGCUUCGUUCGAGUUGUCCCGAUGGAAUGGUAUCUUCACAUCGUAAUGAGAAUGGAGCUUUACUCUUACUCUUGUCAAAGUACCUCUGUCCUUCAAUCCCUACCGAAAAUGAAACCAGUUUGUAUGACCUGUGGAGUUAAUGCUGAUGCUGG